AUAAAUCAAACACAAAAAUACAUUUAAUGAUAGUUAACAAAAGUGCAUCAAAUACAAUAUAUUCUAAUUUGUUUUAAUGUUAUUAACUCGUUAGUGAUUUGGGUUACAUUCCCAAUAAUGAAAUUUUAAUCAAUAAAAAAAGUGGGGUACAACUAUGAAAAUUAUCUUUUUCGAUACAUUCAUGAAUAAGAAAAUUUAAAAUAGGGAAAAGUUUACAUUUAAGGAUGGAAAAAAUUUUAAAUGGAGAAAAUAUUUAACAAGAGUAGUUCACUUCCUAUAAUUUUCUUAUUUUCUCAUAUAGAAAGCUCAUUAAUAUGCAAUUCAUCCCUUGGUUGGUAAUUAUUUCCUCUUAUAUAAAAAUUGUAUUAAUGAAAUCAUGUUCUAAAUAUCAUAUUUCCUUUUUCUUUUCUUGAUCGUUUAAAAACCUAUUGUUUUCUUUUACUUCACCUAAUUUUAAAUAGGGUAUAAACUUCACAUCAUUUUAAAUAAGCUAUCAUCGUCGGACUCCACAUGACGCGUGAGCUGGGCGCCCAGAAGGCGCAUGUAAAUUGUGGCUCAGCCAUGGUGGUUAAUCAAUUGAAUGGGGUUUUCGAGGUCAAGGAGGAGGCGCUCGAGACCUAUGUUCAAGCAAUAAAAGAGAAAGGGUGCCUAAUUCAGGGAAGUGGUGUUCACGCAUGUCCUGCGGGAGGAGAACGCCCACGUUGAUGCGUUGCUAAAAUUAGCCACCACUCUAGACUUCACUGAAGAAAGGAAGGUCAUUGUCACAAGAGAGAUGCUGCAAGAGCACCUAAUCGCAGUGUUGAGCAGUUGGGGCGAAGAUGAUGGUUAGAUGGCGCAUAUAGAAUUGUUCUUAAUCCAAGGCAUCGUCCUUGACGAUUCUAAGGAAGCGUGGCGCUCCGCUGGAAAGCGGUCCGGUGCUCUAUCAUCGAAGUCCAACUAUACACUAGAUCUCACUCGCGUGCAUACCUCUGAUGCUUAAGUAACAAGGAGGGUGAAGCGGCCAUCGAGAAGGUACACAGCGGAGCCUGUGGCAUGCAUGCAGGAUCGCGAAGCUUGGAGAAAAGUUACUACGACAAGGGUACUAUUGACCGACAAUGAGAAAGGACGGGAAGGUACACAUCAGCACUUGUCCCCAAUGCCAAGUGCACGCCAAUGACAUCCAUAUCUCAGUGGCACCGAUGCAGCGCAAUGUGGGCGUCUGGCCUUUUACUCGAUGGGUAUGGAUCUCCCAGGCCCUUUCCCCAAGGCACCUAAGCAACUGAAAUACUUGAUCGUCGCCAUAGACUAUUUCUCCAAGUGGGUUAGGGUUGAGCCAUUGGCAUCCAUCACUAAGUCCCAGGUGCAGAAAGUUCACUAAGAAAAACAUAUUCACCGGGUUUGGAUUGCUCGAGUCCAUAGUCACCAAUCAUGGCAAGCAGUUCGAUUGCAAGAAGUUUGUCAAAUUUUGAGACGAGAAUGAGGUGGUGUUGCGGUUAUCAUCGAUAGCAUACCCACAAACCAAUGGACAAGCGGAGGCGACCAACAAAAGUAUUCUCCAUGGACUACUUACAAGACUGAUGGGUGCCAAGGGUCAAUGGUAGAGGAGUUACCCAGCAUGUUGUGGGAGCACAAGACAACUUACAAGGUGGCUACUAGGGAAACUCCCUUCGUCCGUACCUGUGGCGGUGAGGUCGUUAUCCCAGUCGAGGUUAGCAUCCCAAGCUACCAAGUGGUUCACCACGACCAAUUCGAAAACAAAAGAGACAGAAUUGAUGAGUUGGAUCUAUUGGAUGAGCGUCGAGAAGUGGCCGUCAUGCACCUUAAGGAAAUGAAGAGGCAAGUCGUGAGAUAUUACGAUAAGAAAAUGCAGUCUCAUGGCAUCAAAGCGGGCGCCCUUGUACUCAAAUGCAAUUUCCGACCAGUGCCCAGGAAGGAAAGUUGGCGCCCAAAUGAAAAGGUCCAUACCGCGUUUUUUUAAGUCAUUGGAGCUGGCACAUUCAAGUUGGAGCACCUCAGUGGUAAGGCUGUGAAAAGGACACGGAAUGCACAAAACUUAUGACCAUACCAGAUGCCGCUCUCGAAUAUAACUACGUGACUUGUUAACCUAGCCGUAGAGGAAGUACACAGCCUCACGUUAGAUGGAUGUGGGUCUUUUCUCUUCUUUUUCAUGUGUGCCAAAAGUGCUCAGGUUGUUCAAGCCCGUAUUGUGUCAAAAGCGCCCUCCAUUGCAGCACCCGUAUCAUGCCAAAAGUGCCCAAGUUGUUUAGCGCCCGAAUUGUGGUCAAUGUAAAGCGCCCAAUUUUGUAUUAGUGCUCAGCAAUGUAAAGCCCCCAUUUUGCGCCCUUCAAAUGAAAAUUUUGUGCGUAU